AUGGCAGAGCCACCUUCACUUCCUUACGCCCGAGAUGAAGGGUCGACCUCUCAACCCCACUCGGCCUACCCUGCCUAUCCUGUCGAAGCGUACGAGCCACACGAAGGAUUUCUAGAUGAGAUCGAAGAGGAACAUACAGAGAUAUCGGCUGCGUUGCAGUAUUGGGCAGCGAAGAGACAUAGAGGGAAGGGGAAAGCUAAAGAGGAUGAGAAUGAUCUGUCAACAAUGAAAUCAUGGAGAUUGAAAUCAAAGUUGAAGACUGUAACAGCAGGAUUAUUCAUCUGUCUAAAUAUAGGUGUAGAUCCUCCUGAUAUAGUCAAAACGAAUCCAUGUGCAAAGACGGAAUGCUGGAUUGAUCCUACUCAGCUACCUUCGAAUAAAGCUAUAGAAGCUAUAGGCAGGAACCUACAUCAACAAUUCGAGACCUUGAAUCCCAAAGUCAAAUACAAACCUUUCCUAGACCCAUCGAUUGAAGAGACGAAGAAGCAAUGUGUGAAUAUGCGUAGAUCAGCUAAAGAUGAGAGAGUGGUAUUUUACUAUAAUGGUCAUGGUGUACCUAAACCUACACCUUCGGGGGAGAUAUGGGUCUUCAAUAAGAACUAUACACAGUAUAUUCCUGUUAGUCUGUAUGAUCUGCAGGAAUGGCUGGGAUCGCCCUGCAUCUACGUAUGGGAAUGUUCAGGUGCCGGAAACAUCCUCAACAACUUUGCCAAAUCUGCCGAAAGAAGGGAUAACGAAGCUCGAGCUGCUCAAGCGCAAGCUGGUCAUGCGGAGGGUUUACCAGGUUCACCUUAUUCUGAAGCUUUACACUUAGCCGCUUGUCAAGCCAAUCAGAUUUUACCAAUGUCACCGGAUCUACCAGCAGAUCUCUUCACAUGUUGUCUUACCUCACCUAUAGAAACUGCUCUGAGACAUUUUGUUUUACAAGAUCCUUUACGACGGAAUGGUGGGCUAGAUCCGAAUGACCCCAGGUCGAGGAUAACGGUAGAUAUGGUCAUGCGUAUACCUGGUGAUUUGAAGGAUCGACGUACACCUCUAGGAGAACUCAGUUGGAUAUUUACCGCCGUCACCGAUACGAUAGCUUGGUUAUCUUUCCCUAGAGAGGUCUUCAAUCGACUUUUCAGACAGGAUCUACUAGUUGCUGGGUUAUUUAGGAAUUUUUUGCUGGCCCAAAGGAUAAUGUCGGCUUAUCACUGUACACCGACCUCUAUACCUGAAAUUCCCUCAGCACAUAAUCACCCUCUAUGGCAUUCUUGGGAUUUAGCUGUAGACGCAUGUUUAGCGCAGUUACCUGAGCUCUUAGAUUUAGAAGCCGCAAGGGAAGCAGGUCAGUCGAAUAUACCUCCCCUGAGCGUAUAUAGACCAUCAACAUUCUUCGCUCAACAUCUUCAAGCUUUCGAAGUCUGGCUACAACAUGGUGGAGCAGUACCUAAUCGACUCGCGCCAAGACCCAAAAAGGGUGUACCAAUACCUCGCUCUCCUCCUGAACAAUUACCUAUCGUCCUUCAAGUCCUGUUAUCCCAAUCGCAUCGAUUACGAGCUUUGAUUUUGAUAUCGCGUUUUGUCGAUCUCGGUCCAUGGGCAGUCCACCUUUCGCUAUCUAUCGGAAUAUUCCCUUAUGUCCAGAAACUCCUCGCGUCACCUGCAGUAGAGCUCAAACCGGUGCUGAUCUAUAUCUGGGCUAGGAUACUAGCUAUUGAUCGAUCAUGUCAAAUGGACUUACUUCGAGAUUCGGGAUUCACCUAUUUCACACAGAUACUCGCGCCAUACCCCCAAGCUGGAUCGCUCGUCAUCCCCAAUGCGAACGAACAUCGCGCAAUGUCAGCUUUCAUCUUAUCCAUCCUAUGUCGGAAUUUCCGUGUGGGGCAAACGGCCUGUCUCGGUGUACAAGUCUUCGACUCGUGUGUAGCUAGAUUAGGCGAAGACGAUUGGUUAUUGAAGACUUGGUGUUUACUCUGCAUAGCGCAAUUAUGGGCAGAUUACGAUGAAGCGAAAGCUCUCUUCAUGCAAUCUCAAAGACAGAACGAACUCCUAGGAGCACUUAGAAGUACCGCUGUAGAAGUCAGAGCAGCAGCUUUAUAUGCCUUUGGAACAUUAUUGGGAGCAUCGAGCGCUCCUAUAGAAAGCACCGAUGCGAAAGGUGGAGGAGGUACUGGAGCUCAAUUGGGGUUAAGUGAUAUACAGCAAUUAGAAAUUGAAGCGGGAUUAGCAUUCGCCUGUAUGAUGUCUGUGAAAGAGGAUGCUUCGCCGAUGGUUCGAAAGGAGUUAGUCGUAGUGAUCAGUUGUGUGGUAAGGGAGUGGAGAGGUUGGUUGGUUUCUGCCGCAUGGGCGUACUACGAACAGGAAUCAUAUCUCUCUCGAACGGAGCGACAAUCGAAUGGAACGCAUAUCGAAGAGGAGGAAGAAGAUAUAGUAUCUGAAGCGUUAAAAGAAUGGACUUCGAACGAAGAUAAAGAACCUCACGAACAUCAACAUAAUCUCACCCUGCUCAGUUCGUUCAAGGUACUUUUCGAAACGCUAUUGGAUCUUUCGGUGGACCCACAUACGGAAGUCGCUCUGAUGGCUUCGACAGUGGUAGAUUACAUUAUAGCUUUAUUGGUUGAUUCGGCAUUUACAAGAGUCAAAGGUUCAGCUGUAAGAAAUCUAUUGAAGAGACAUUACUCCUCUAAUCGUCCCAGAACAUUAUCUAGACAGGUCUCAGCAGCCUUUUCAGAAGGCGGUAAAUAUCCUAAUGGACCUUUGACCAACUCCACUCAACUCAAACCUCCUCAAAUGCAACGAAGUAAUACGAAUGUUUCUGAAACGGGCAGUGGAUCCAGUUCGUUGAAACGAAGUGGAAGCGUUGCGAAUGCCCUAAGGAGUUUGGCAAGUAUGACUGGUCUAGUUGUUCCUCCCGAUUCACCUGAUUCGAUCAAUUCUCAAAAAGAGAAAGAAAAUGAAUUUAUGAAAAUCACUCAACCGAAAAUACCCUUAUCAGAGACUAGUGGAGGGUAUAAAUCACCUUAUCCUGAUCAUGGCCACGAACGUAUAUUACCUUCUUCUCCUGCUCCUGGUCCGGGUCCAAACGGACCGUCCAGGAGUAGAUCAGCUUAUGGGUCUGCCUUACCUCGAUCCGCUACUGCUGGUACAGGCGGAUUAGUAAAAGCUUCAAGUGUGUUAGAAGCUUUGACGGCAGAAGAUAUGGAGAGAUUACAUUUUAGAAGAUCGAAAGGAUCGGAAGCUAAUACGGAUAUUGAUGGAAGGUUUGGGAAUAAUGGAUUACCUCGAUCGCACGAUUUGGGUUUGGGAAUGGUAGCGAAAGAAGUGAAAGAUGAUGUUUUGCCGCUUAGGAGUGGGUUCUUCGAUUGGGCAAUGGAGUAUUUCAGAGAACCGCAGAUGAAGGCACCUGACGCGGACGAACCUGGCUCGACGAUUUACAACGAACAAGCUUGGAAACACCUUAGGAACGAGCAGAUGGUAGAAGAUAGUCGAGCUGCAGAGGGAUAUGCAGCCACACACGUAUGGAACGUCGAAGCUGGUACUUUGCAGAAUGAUUCAUGGCCAUUACAAUUGGCUUUCCACUCUUAUGACCCUGUGAUAGCCGUUACGGACGAUGCUGAUAAUGUCUGUAUAUGGGAUUGGCAAUCAAAGAGGAGAUUAAACAAGUUUAGUAAUCAGAAUAUACCUGGAAGUAGCAUCUCUUCGGUUCAUUUCAUUAAUGAGAUGGCGAGUAGUUUGAUGCUCACUGCUUCGACCGAAGGAAGUAUCAGGAUUUUCCGAGAUUACGAGACACCCAACGAAACUGCGCUGGCAUCUACCUUCCGGGCAGUAUCGGAGAUACAUCCCGUAGCUCACAGUAGUGGUGUAUUGACUGCUUGGGAGCAGCAGAAAGGACAUUUGUUAGUUGGAGGGGAUAUGAAAGUGGUCAGGUUGUGGGAUGCUACUGUAGAGAGACAUCUGAGGGACAUCGCUACUCAAGCCGGAGCGAAUCUGACGGCGAUAGCUUCGGACGAACCCGAAGGGAAUGUAUUCGUCGCAGGAUUUGGAGAUGGAGUAGUCAGGUUGUUCGAUAAGCGUGCGGAAGAUGCUGGCGAGGUCGUAUUGAGGACCUGGAGACAGCAUAAGAUCUGGAUACAGAGUGUACAUCUGCAGAGAGGUAGUAUGAGGGAGUUGGUUACUGGAAGUAUGGAUGGUGAAGUCCGAGUGUGGGACGUGAGAAAACCUGAUGAACCGCUGUAUACUAUACCGAGAAGGGACGAGGGUCUGAUGGCUUUGGCCGUACAUACCGGAGCGUCUGUCCUGGCUAGGACAUCCGGCUUGACUUCGCAUUCGACAAGACAAGAAUUAGAAAUUACAGGGUUCAGUGAUCCCUUACAUCCGAUCCGAUUGGCUAAAUUGAACUUACCGACUUCACCGGCGUAUAAUAACCCUCUACAUAGUCAUAGGAUCAAUGGGUUUAUGCCUAGCGCCGCUUCUCUGGUAUUCCAUCCUGUUGAAAUGAUGAUCGCCGCAGGUGGCUUCGAUGCCUCUGGAACAGUAAGAUUAUAUAAAUGUCCCACACCCAAAUCUGCCAUCGCUACGUGGGAACAGAUGAAUGGGAAUGGGAGUGUUAGUAAUUUCAACUAG